CAGCGAUAGUAGCAUCCAGAGGAGGAGGAGGGAGGUACUUCGGCUCGGAAGCAAAGCGCGUUACGUUAACAGUUAAACCUCCCUCUGCCGUCUGCCAGCGGUGAGAGAAUCCAACUUUCUGAACGGCUGCCACGACAUGAGAUGCUCCUGAAGGCCACUGCAUCAUUGGGGCCACUGGGUGAGCAUGAUCAGUGGCUUCUCGCGCUGCACGGACAAUUAAUCAGUAAAGUGAAGGACAAACCUGCAGUGAGGUACGGCAUCUUCAGCGUGCCAGAGAAAUGAACUGAGAACGUAGGGGAGAGCACUUGUUUCUUGAGGACAUCGAAGAUUUACGGUGAAACCAUGAGGUUGCAGAGGAGCCUGGGAUUUGUCGCCGUGCUGGGCGCGAUAACCUGUAUUUGUGCCUUUCAUGUGACUACAGCAAUUGACAUCCCCCUGGAAGUUGAGCAGCUGCCCACCAUCACAGCGCAGUCGCCCAGCUCUCUCAUCGCCUUGCCUUUUGAUGAGAGCUUCCCCAUGACGUGUGAAGCCAAAGGGAACCCCGAGCCAGAAUUCAGAUGGACGAAGAAUGGCCAGGAAUUCGACCCCUUUCUAGACCCCCGGCUGAUGAAAGAGGAGAAUUCUGGGACCUUUGUGAUACCCAAUAAUGGGAACCUUACAGAGUACCAGGGAACCUAUCGCUGUUACGCCUCAAACAAAAUGGGCACCGCCAUAUCGAAGGAGAUUGAGUUCAUUGUGCCCCAUGUUCCAAAGUUUCCUAAAGAGACACUUGAACCUGUUGUGGUGGAGGAAGGCCAAGCUUUUACUUUAAAAUGUGACCCACCUAAAGGAAUCCCUCCUCUGCAGAUCUACUGGAUGACUAUCAAUCUUCAGCACAUAGAACAGGAUGAGAGGGUGUCUAUGGGCCUGAACGGAGACCUUUACUUCUCUCAUGCGGAGGAGAAGGACAGCAGGAGAGACUACUGCUGCUUUGCCGCCUUCCCAAGAAUACGGACCAUCGUUCAGAAGACUGCUAUGUCUGUCAUCGUCAAGACGAAAAAAAGUGACAUGAGUCCUGAAACUGCUAAUGCAAUCCUUGAGAGAAGACCUGCUCUUCUGACUCCCUCUGGUGACAGAUCAGAGACACAGCUGGUCAAAGGAGAGGACUUGAAAUUGGAGUGUAUUGCUGAGGGAUUUCCAACUCCACAGGUUGAGUGGGUGAAGAUGGGCCAUCAACUUCCCAUUAGAGCAAAGCUGGAGAAUCAUGGGAAAUUGCUGAUUGUGCCAGUAGUUGAACAGGAAGACAGCGGGAAGUACAUGUGCAAGGCAAAAAACACACUUGGAGAAGCUGUACAUUACUUCACAGUGACAGUAGAAGAGCCUCCAGAGUGGGUGUCUGAGCCUGAGAGUCAGCUCAGUAUGAUUGGCUCGGAUGUGCUCAUCAGGUGCUCUGCCAGCGGGACUCCUCAGCCGACUAUAACAUGGAGUGUGAACGGGAUACCUCUGCACGGGGCCCCUGCAGCCAACAGGAAGGUGUUAGGUGAUACCAUUGUUUUACAAAAGGCUAAAGCCAGUGACAGUGCAGUCUAUCAGUGCGAGGCUUCCAACAGACAUGGGACCCUUCUGUCCAAUGCAAACAUCAUGAUUAUGAAUCUGGCCCCCAUGAUUUUGACCAAGGAAGGGGAGGAUUACUCUGCUGUAGAAGGGAAGGGAGUGAUGAUGCACUGCAAGGUCUUCAGCUCUCCUCCUUCUACAAUCACUUGGAGCAAAGACGACUCCUCUAAAUCCAUAGAGGGACCGAGGUUUACCGUUCACGAUAAUGGCUCGCUGGAGAUCUACAGCGUAGAGAAAGACAACAUUGGGCAGUACACAUGUUUAGCGAAAAACACAGAGGGAUCGUCUGCCAUCGAAGCCAUGCUCUAUGUGAAUGAUCCCACAAGAAUAGUGGUGGCCCCGGAGGACCUGCAGGUCCUAAUAGGUACCACAGCCCAGCUCUCAUGCCUUGCAGAGUACGACAAGUCCUUCAGCAACGACUUUGAGCUCCUGUGGGAAAAAGAUGAUAUGGAGAUAGCCCUCAAUGACACUGAGAAUUCAAGAUACUUUGUGGAGGAUGGUAUUCUUCAGAUUAUCAAUGUGAGCCACAGGGACCAGGGUGUGUACACAUGUGUGGCAAGAACUCCAGUGGACCAACACACGGCCUCCGCGCUGCUCAUGGUGUUAGAUGUCCCUGAUGCACCUGAGUUCCUGGCACUGUCUGAUCACAAGAGCAGAAGUGUGAAUCUGAAAUGGGUCCCUGGGGAUGAGCACAACAGCUCAACCACAGAGUUUAUUAUCGAGUAUGAGGAAAGCCAGUGGGAGCCGGGAAACUGGAAGGAGCUGCUCCGAGUACCUGGGAACCACAACUUGGCCGUCCUGAAGCUCCAUGGUCACGUCGACUAUCGCUUCCGUGUGUCUGGUGUCAAUACUGUGGGGAGGGGUCCUCCCAGCGAGCCCACAGAGAGAUACAAAACCCCACCAGCAGCCCCUGACAAGAACCCUGAAAAUAUCAAAAUCGAAGGUCAUUUUCCACAUGAAAUGGAUAUCAACUGGGCGCCCUUGUUACCCAUUGAGCAUAAUGGCCCAGGUCUGGAGUAUAAAGUAAGUUACAGGAGACAGGAUGUGGAGGACAGCUGGAAGGAACACAUGGUGAAAAGACACUCAUUUGUGGUGAAGAACACUCCUACCUUCGUGCCCUAUGAGAUCAAGAUCCAAGCCAGGAACCAUCAGGGCUGGGCCCCCGAACCCAAGAUAGUCACUGGCUACUCAGGGGAGGACUUUCCCUCUGCUGCGCCUGAUGAUGUAGCUGUGGAGGUGCUGAACAGCACAGUGGUCAAGGUUAGCUGGAUGCGUGUACACAAGGACAAGUUACAUGGACAUCUGGGAGGCUACAGGAUAAACUGGUGGCGUCUGCGUAGUCUGACAGACUCAAAAAAAAGCCACGGAGAUAAACACACACUAACAUUCCCUGGUGACAGGAACCACGCCGCGGUACCGGGACUUACGCCCUUCUCCGAGUACAGCCUCAUCGUCAUGACCUUUAACGGGCGGGGCAACGGCCCUGGCAGCCAUCCCGUCAACUUCAAAACCCCAGAGGGAGUCCCCGAAAAAAAUCCUGUUUUCAGGGUCACAGAUGUACAGAAGCACACUGUCUCUCUGAUCUGGGCCCCACCACUGGAGCCUAAUGGGAUUCUCACCGGGUACCUCCUCGAGUAUCAGCUCAUCAAUGACACAGAGGAAGUUGGGCCACUGCAGACGGUAGACAUCAGCAACCCCGAUACCACCAAGUGGGUCCUGCGUGACUUGGAGCCUGUGAGCAAAUACAAGUUCUACCUGCGCUCCUGCACCACGGUGGGCUGUGGGCCUGUUGUCAGCGAGGAGUGCACCACCACCCUGGAAACAACCCUGGCCUUGUUGAAUGUUAGCUCAGCUGUUAGUGACAGCUUUGCAAAUAUCAGCUGGAUAUCUGGAGGAGAGCAAACGGAGUUUUAUAUUGCAUAUAGGAACAACCGUGAGGGUCUCUGGAAGAUAUCAGAGGGCGUAAACACCUCUAAGACUUUCCACAUCAUCCACGGGCUUGAACCUGGGACUGAGUACACUGUGCGAGUACACAGCUGGGUUGAUAAUUCUAGUAUAUUUGAAGAUGUUAUCACGACCGGGUCUACAGGUCUGGCCAGCAUCCACGGAGGAAUAUCCACCCAGGGCUGGUUUAUUGGCCUGAUGUGUGCCAUCGCUCUCCUCACACUCAUUGUGUUGAUAGCCUGCUUUGUCAACAGAAAUAAAGGAGGGAAGUAUUCCGUAAAAGAAAAAGAGGACCUUCAUCCAGACGUGGAGUCCCAGGGCAUGAAUGAUGACACAUUUUGUGAAUACAGUGACAACGAUGAGAAGCCACUGAAGGGCAGCCAGCACUCGCUGAGCAGAGAGAUCAAAGCGGGGGACAGCGGGGACAGCCUGGUGGACUACGGCGACGAGGACGUUCAGUUCAACGAGGACGGCUCCUUUAUCGGCGAGUACGCAGGGCGAAAAGAGAAGAGGGUGUCCACUGAGAUCAAAGCCACCGUUCAGACCCCGGCAUGAAGAGCAGAACCGCCAUCUAUCCUCUUCCGGACAACAUUUUCAUUAAACCUGCUGAGAGGAAGAAAUGAAAGAGGAAACAGACAUUAUCCAUACCGAGCACAAGUUUUGUGUCAAGUAUAAAUGCGUCAUUGCCAGCUGCACACAGCCACCCUCGAUUUAUAAAGCUCUGUUUUGUCAAGUUGCACCACAAUGACCAUUACUGAAUACUGUGUAUAUAUACAAGUGUAUAUUGUUUGUCUGGAGUGUCUUUUUUUUAUAAUUAUCACAUAAAAAAAAUGUAGAGGGCUUGUAUUUUCUUUUUUUUUGUAUCUCCAUUACUUCAGCUGCAGUACUGUUUGUACAAAUGUUAGGAAAAUGUUACUCUCCAUUGCACAUCAUUAUACAGUCUGCAGCUUUGCCUCUGAUGUCAUCUUGCAGCAGACCACAGAUAAGUCGGGGUUAUCAAGUUGAUAUUUUUCAAUUGGAGCAAACAUAACUGACCUUUUAUAUAUGAAAUGGAUUCAUUAAAUAUGAUGUAAGAUGUGUAUAAAGGUUGCUUAUUAACUUAUUUUUUUUCCAGUGGUUUUAUACCUGACAAAAUAACAAGGACAUUUACAUAUCAUUACAUAUCAUAAACACUGAUUCUUGAGUCAUGAAUCUGUGGUGUUAGAAGAAAAUAUAAUUUAGUUAUUCUGUCUUGUUUAGCAUUUAGAUCCAUUGGACAGUAUAAAUUACAAACCUCAGUCUGUGCUUAAUAUAACUUCGAUUAAAACUACAAAUACAAUUGCAGUUGAAUCCAGUUCUGGUGAUGGAAUAGUGGAUGAGAUGCUUGCUUUUGGUGUGAGAGACCCAGGUUCAAGUCCCUACUGUGACACAUCUACCAAUGUGUCCCUGAGCAAGACACUUAACCCCUAGUAACGCCCACAUAAAAGCGUCAGCUAAAGGUAAUGUUAAAAUGCUUUUGCCAAUAACUGGUGUUUCAAAAAGUUUCUCUGAAAACACAAGUUAGUUAUGCAGGUAGCCGCAUAGUCCUUAAAGGAAUAGUUCGACAUUUUGGGAAACACUCGCAUUUGCCAUCUUUCCAAGAGUUAGAUAAGAAAAUUGACACGACUCUCAUGUCUGUACAGUAAAUCUAAAGCUUCGGCUAGGAGGUUAGAUAUUAACAGAAAGACUGAAAACAGGGAAACAACUAGUCUGGCUGUUUCCAAAGGUAACAAAAUCCUCUUACCGGCACCUCUAAAGCUCACUUAUUAACACGAUAUAUCUCAUUUGUUUAAUCUGUAUAAAAACAGGAGUAUAAAGACAAUUCAGCCCAGAAAUGACCCUGGUUACUUGUGACUAGCUGUAGCCUACAUUUAACAGAGAGACGUGAGAGUGGUAUUGAUAUAAUAAACGCAUUUUCUAAAACGUUAAACUAUUCUUUUAUAACGGCACUCCUGUGAUUUAGUAUUAUACUUCCAUGAUGAUGGAGGAAUUUAGAAAAAACAAUGGUAAAACUCGAAGUAGCAGAGGCCAAGACCAUCCUGACUUUUAGUCCCAUGUGGGAGUCAAGCUCCAAAAUGCUAAAACAAAACUUCCCUCGAUUGCAAGAUGUAUGUAUCAGUAUCUCUCAAAUUCCAUGUCCCCAGUUUGUACUGAGCUAACCCUGGUGACAUCACUUUCGCAUCAUCAGGGAUAUUUUUCCAGACUUGCCAAAUCUCCUGCAGAGCCACAAAACAUAAUACAUACAACUGUUAUGUAUGUAACUGUUUGAUUUCCAUGUGUGAUUUGGUGAAGUGUCCCUUUAAGAGGACAGUAUAUAGUUCCUAUAAUGUAUUAUAGACAUUCUUGUAAUCAGAUUACUGUAAUCUGGUUGCGUGACAUUUGACAUUUUCUUACCGUGUCACUGUUCCAUCAGUUCCAUCAGUCUUAACAGGCCUUACUCUGUUCAUUUUAAUAUACUGCCAGCCAAAACGCAAUCAUUAUAUUGUUCAGCACUAACAUUAGCACCAUUAUUGCAAAAAUUGCAAUGUUUUGUAAAAAUCCAGUCAUUGCAUGUUAAGAAUGUUAAUUGGUGUUUUUUGAUGUCAUUAAAUUGCUUUACUUUCUUACAUCCUGUUAAUGGUCUGACUACCUGUUUGGUCACAGCCAUCACUUACGGAAUAUUCUUAAUGUACUUGAUACCUACAGUGCUGUAUAAUGCCCCACUAGAUGAAUACGUGACUGAAUAAAUCUCUGCCUUUACCUCCA